AUGCACUGUCUGAGGAUCUGCAGCAGUCGCCCAAACAAGACUAAGAGGGGCUAAGUGAAUGAAUAAACUUUUCAAAAGAACCUAAAUACAUCCAAAAAUUAACAAAGCAAAAAGGAUAAAGCUUUAACCAGAAAGUAGUUUAUUUUGGUUGACUAGCCUUAGUUAUAUUUCGAUAGAAGCUAUCCAAAGAAGAGUAGUUCUCCUCUUAGAAUAAGGCAGUUCAAGCCUUAUGAAGACUUGAAUAUUUAGUGCACCAAUGACAAGCUUAGUUUCAGUAAUAGCAAUGAUCCUAAUAAUAUAAUCUCCUUUAGUGGUGCAGGAAAUAAUGGUCAUCAUAGUGAUCCCUAAGCAGGGGCUUUAAUGAGCUAUCAAUUCAUAGGAAACAAAUCACUGUCUUCUAGAAUGAACUAGAACAAGAAGUCGAUUAUUAAAAAUGAGAUAUUGAAAGCAAAGUUGCAAUAGUUUUGCCAGCUUGCAUUUUAAAAUGAACUUUAAAAUAGUGGAAAUACAAGUGUAAAGAGUAAUAAAUCCACUAAUUUAGUAAAUCAAGUCCCAUUAUCUCCUUAAGGUGCUUAAUAUGAAGGAAUUCAAGAAAGGCCAGUUCUUAAAGAUCCAAGUAUCCCACUUAGAAACAUGCCAGAUGAAUAUGAGCCAAAGAACUUCGAGGAGUUCAGAGGUCGAAGAGUCGUGAUGACUCAGUCUACUCUCCUAAGCAUCGACGAUUCUCAUCCGGUUUCAACUGGCAAUGAGAACUAUGUGGUCCUCACUACAAAUAAUAACAAUUAGUCGAGCAUUGAGCAUUUGAAAUCCUAGAAUGAAUCCAUCAGACUAGACUCUAACGUUCACUAAGUAUUCACUAUAAAACCAGCACCAUAAAAUGCGCAGUAAAAGCAAAAGGAAGUGUUUAUCAGUGAUUUGAGUUCAAACUCGAAUCAGACCUAAGACCGAACUGAGAAUUUCUUCUCAUCUUCUGUUCGGAGGCCUAAGCAGCAGAGCAGUGACACCUUUAUUAACCAAAGCUUCAAGAAAAUCCAUCAGAAGAACUCUUCGACAGAUCAUAGCCGAGUCAAGCUGGACACCAAUAAGCUCAGAAAAAACUUUCAUAACUAUUUGAAUUCCUAUCAUCAUUCAAUGACUCACUCUCAAUCUAAGAACAAGCUCAACAAUCAGGGCAGUCAUGACAAGCAGAAGGUGCUGUUCAAGAUUAAUGAGAUGUCAUCACAGGACUACUACUACGAUUCGCCUACUCUGAGGAAAAGCGAGGUGUACCGCAAUUAUUUCUGGAAUAAUACUACCUAUCAGAAGUAACUGGAAGGCUAGGUUGCUGAUUAUAAAGCCAAGAAAGCUGGGGAUAAACAAGGGGCUAAAGAUGCAUCUGAGGAGUAGCUAAGCGGAACAAUGGUUGUAAAUGCUAAUCUUAAAAAUGGAGGUGCUUCUGAUAUUCACAAAAUAAUGAGCAACAAUAAGAGUAGCAGAACACCAAGUAGAGCUUAGAAAUAAAGACAAGUUCAAUCUUAAAUCAACCCACCAGGUAGUAGAUCUUAAUCGAGAAAAAGGAAUAUUCUUGAACUUCUAAUUGAUGAGAAUUAUAAGAAGUCUACUAACAUCUACGUGGAUUAGUACCAAUAGUUAAAAUAAAAUGCACAUCAGAAGGCCUUGUCCAAUAAUAACUAGGACAAUGGCAAGGCAAUCUCUUUGACUAGCAAGGCCUCUUAGAUAUUUCAGCAAUAGAGUGCUUCCUAAACAUAGGGGUAGGAUCCUCGAGGUAAUAACUUUACCAUAAGACUUUAAAAUAUGGCCUCAAGCAAGGAAAUCAUCAAACCACAGUAAUAAUUAUAGUAGUAAUCUUGA